AUUUUUUUUCUACGACUUGAUUCGCUCCGAUUUAUUAAUGCCGUCCUUCUCUGACCAGAUACUAGUUGAAAAUACCAAGUUGCAGGCGUUAGGAGUUCAUGGUAUUCUUCCUGCAUACGAUCCUACCUUAUUUUUCUUUCUCCGUCACUCUAUAUAAUCGCAGUCGUCCUCUCCUCCAAAACUUGUCUGCCUGCAACACUCUCUCCAUAUGGACUAAUCAAUCGAGAGGUUCUGAAAAGAAGGGAAGGAUGAAUUUUGUGAGCCGGAAGAUCUACCUUUACAACGUCACCAUUGGGCUCUACGGCCUCGAUCCGUGGGAGAGAUACCUAUUCAACAUAUUCUCCAUCCUGCUCCUCUUGUUUAUAUGCUACGUUGGGACUCGGUGGGCCACCGAACUCUACAGCAGCCACAUCAAACCCAACUUAAUGAUUGGGGGGAACUUUGGACCAGCAGCAAACAUAUCUUACUGAAUGUCGACCAAAACUAUUACUGAGUGUAAUGACACAAUGUGUUUUAAUUAUUCUUAUUAUGAUGUAAGCAUGGAGCAUUUCCUCCUAAGGUUUGAAAUUAGGCAUUGUUGUGUUCGUAAAGCUAGUUUGAAGAGGAUUUAUGCGGAUCAGUCCUAUUACAACAAGAAAUUGUAUUUCUCAGCAA